AUGGCAACCCUGUCGAAUACAGACAAGAUCCGGCUCAUCUCCGGCCAAAGCGUGCCUUCCAUCAACUUUGAGCCCUAUACAACCAACGACGGCUCCCAAGGGCUAGAGAGCUUCUUCUGCGUGACCUCAUUUUCUGAGCCCUCGGCAAUGGCCCAGACCUGGGACCCCGAGCUCAUCAAAGCCAGCUUCCAUGCCAUCAGCCAGGAGUUCUACGGCAAAGGCUACACCAUGAUCAACGGCCCAACGGUUGGCCCACAAGGCCGUACCCCCUGGGGCGGCCGUCUAGUGGAAACCCUAGGCCAGGACGUCUACCUGGCCGGAAUCGCAUGCGUACACGCUACCGAAGGCAUCCGCGAAGCCGGCAUCAUCCCCUGCGGCAAGCACUUCCUCCUCAACGAGCAAGAGACCAAUCGCUCCGAAGUGUACUGGUCCAGCAACGCAGUCACCGUCCCCCUCAACAACGCCGCCUAAUCCAGCAACGCCGACGACAAGACCCUACACGAAGCCUACCUCUGGCCCUUCUACGACGGAGUCAAAGCCAGCCUCGGCGCCGUAAUGUGCGCCAUGAACCGCGUCAACAGGACCUGCGCCUGCGAAACCCC